CACUUGUAAUAUUGAAAUGUACUAACUUGGUACAUAACGCAAUAUUUUAUUGCAUACAUUUUGCAUAUAAUGUUGAAAUAGAUUUACAAGAUUUAUUUCGAGGCAAGUUAGAUAUGAACGCAUAAGUAAUGUUUUUGAUUACGAAGCUACUUUUCGUAGCGAUUGUAGCGAUUGCAAGUUCGAGGUUUGAAGUGGCCGCAGACAAUGAUGACUUGGAAGAUGAAGUUAUCCUGAAACAGGCCUUGUUUUUGGUGGAGUUACUUAAGUCAGACUUCGUACACGUUUUGCGGACAAACUCUAUGAACGAUCUUCUUAAUGGGACUUCCACUGAAGAGGUGAAUAGUACUUGUGCCGUGGACGAGACAAAUUCAACUGUGCCAACAAAUGACACUAACGUUACCGAGAGUGUAAUUCCACCAACGACGACGGCUGCAAAUUCAACGCCCCCCAGCAGCGUGACUCCGCCGGGGGCGCCGAUGAUGAUGUUCUCGAGUUGGCCACCCCUGCAGAUGCCUCGCUUCCCUAUGGCUCCGGCACUCGCUCGCCAAGGCAAUUUUCCCGAUGAAAACUAUAGAUUCCCAUACAAAUUCCGUCGACGCAUGAUGCCGGAUUAUUAUUAUUUUGAUUCUCCUCAACAAAGACCUGGAAAUUUUCGAAGAGUGGCAAAUAUUGACUCAACUGGUGAUCCUGGCAAUGCAACAGGGCUGUAA